GGAUUGCUUCUCCAAGCCGCUCGCACACUUCUCCCUCCGCCAGAAUUCAAUUCUUGAUGGCAUUAGGUCCCCCGUGGCCACGCUGCCUCACCUGACAUCCUUUCGCUGCACCGCACAGCCUCAUGGCUCACCCGCCCACCUCCCCCGUCUCCUCCCCCGCGCGGGCCUCCCUCGCCUGAAGAGCGCACACCGACAUCAUGUUCGAGCCACCGUUGGCCGUGUUGAAAUAUCUCUAUGGCCUCGUGCCCAAGAGCUUCAAGGUGUCGAAGGGCAAACUGCGCUUCAACUACCUCAUGGUGCACUAUGCCUACCUCAUUUCGAUGUCUAUCAUUGGCUCCGUCAUCAUCUACGGCGGCGGCGCGAUGCCAUACAACGACGCGCUCUUCUUCGCCGUCGGUUGCGCCACCCAGUCGGGCCUCAACACGAUCAAUGUCAACGACGUCGCCACCUACCAACAAGUCACCUUCAUGCUCAUUGCGUGCGUCACCAACCCCAUCUUCAUCAAUACGGUGGUGGUAUUCGUCCGGCUGUACUGGUUCGAGAAGAGAUUCAAGCAUAUUGUGCAGGAGCUGCGCGAGAAGCGUCGGGCGAGAGCGCCGACCAUUAGCCGUACCAGGAGCGAGAUGAAAGCCGGAGAUGCGCGAGACCUGGAGGCGGCGCGCGGAAUUCAGAUUGGCGUCAACGGGCGGGAAAUCCGUGUGCUACAUGAGACGACCAAGCCCAAUGGCAUGAGCGAAAAUCCAAUCCACGACGACAAAAUAGAAGAGUUCCAUGCGAAACUGCGAUCGAGCUCGGAGGAGGAGAGCGAGACUCCGUCGCCCGAGGGCAGCAACACGAGCAACCACGAUGUCGAAGACGAUGUAAUUCAGGCCGCGAUAUCACGGCAGACCGUUGGCGAAGCGGAGCAAGUCGUGUCCGACUCGUCUGCUUCCCACGGCGGCGACACCAGCCCCACUCUACAUCGAGAUAUCAGGUUUGCCGACGAAGUCUCGCCGGCUGAAAAUGAAAAAGACGUGCCUUCUGACAAACCACCGGAAGGGGAGGACAUCGCCAAGCACAUUGCAUUUCGCGAGAGUCAACGGGACAGAGCGAAAGCAGGGCACACUCUCCGCAUCCCAGGACCACGCGCAUUCGAGGAAGGCGCAGAGCCUGAGGAAUUGAGUGAUUCAGACGAAGAAAAUCACCCUGGUACGGCGGGAGAGAAAAAACUCGCCCCAGUUCGCACCGCGACCGAGCGGGAGGGCGCGAAUACAUCGGGCGACGACCACACCAAUCGUGGUGGGAUCAAAUUUGAAGCACAAAAUCAUCCUGCACAUCGCCAGUCGACAGAGGGCUUCGAGGAGCCGGUGGAAACGCCAGUCUCGACGUUCGGUCGGAUUUGGGAUCGCGUGCGCCGACCACCUUCAUCGCUCAGCGAUGCGCGGGGCACAAUCGGACACACAUUCAGCCAGUUUUCCACGGCUUUGAGCCGCGAGAGGAGCGGGGAGAGGGAGACGGACCACAUGCCGUAUCUCAGCUGGCAGGCGACGACCGGCAGGAACAGCGCCUUUCUCGGCCUGAACGAGGCACAGCGCGAGGAGCUGGGCGGCAUCGAGUAUCGCUCUCUCAAGACCUUGGCCAAGAUCCUCCUCUUCUACUUUGUCGGCUUUCAUCUUACCGGAAUGCUGGUCAAUCUGCCGUGGAUUCUGCGAUCACCUGGCUACAAGCAAGUCAUCCAAGGCUUUGGGGUAAAUCCCGCCUGGUGGGCCAUUUUCACGGCUGCAAGUGAAUUCAACGAUCUCGGCCUGACCCUCACCCCCAACAGUAUGGAGUCUUUCCAGACUGCCACGCUCAUUCUGCUCUACGGAUCCUUCUUGAUCAUCAUUGGCAACACGGGCUUCCCCAUUGGGCUGCGCUUUGUGAUUUGGUUCACGAGCAAAUUUACGCACUACGGGUCGCGGAUGUGGGAGGAGCUUCGCUUCCUGCUCGACCACCCUCGUCGAUGUUUCGUCUUGCUCUUCCCCGGCAAGGCGUCGUGGUGGCUGUUCUGGAUUCUGGUCUUGCUCAACGGCAUCGACCUCGUCUUUUACAUUGUAUUGGAUUUGCACGAUUCGACCGUCACAAGCGUUCCUGGGGGCUACCGUGUCUUGGACGGAUGGUAUCAAGCCGUGUGUACUCGCACCGCUGGCUUCGCCGUCGUCAACAUUGCCAAUCUGCACCCCGCCAUCCAAGUAUCCUACCUGAUCAUGAUGUACAUAUCCGUCUUCCCGAUUGCUAUAUCAGUGCGCAGGACGAACGUAUAUGAAGAGAAAUCCCUCGGCAUCUUCGGGGGAGAGGAGGAGGGCGGAGACGAUGAGAACCAAUCGUACGUCAGCCAGCAUCUGCGACGCCAGCUCUCCUUCGAUCUGUGGUUCAUCUUCCUGGGGCUCUUCAUCAUCGCCAUCGUCGAGGGUGAGAGGAUCCAGGCGGUCGAUCAGCCGGCAUUCACGCUCUUCGCCAUCUUAUUUGAAAUCGUCAGCGCGUACGGCACGGUCGGCCUGAGCCUGGGCUACCCGACCGACGACACCAGCUUCUCGGCGCAGUUCCAUAUCAUCAGCAAGCUGGUCAUCAUGGCGAUGAUGCUGAGAGGGCGGCACCGUGGUCUGCCAUAUGCUCUGGACCGCGCCAUUCUCCUCCCCAGCGACCAGAAAUCGAAGAGGGAAAGGGAAACGGAUGAGGCGCCAGAAGAUCAUCAGUUGCAGCGCCGCGGCUCCAUCUUUGCCGAAACGAAUGCGCGACAGCUCCACGGGGCCAAUUGGCGGCAGUUUGAUCUGGACGAACAAGGCCUUCCGAGACAGCACCUGGUUCACCAGAGUUCCGGCGUGGAUGCAUCGGCAACGCCUGCGACGGUGGGGAGGAGUUCGACGGGUGGAGAGGAGGACAUUCGUCAAAGGCACAAGCGACGAGGCAGCGCGGUGUCGACGAACAGCAACCGGCCAACGCCGCGGAGGCGAAGCAAGAGUCUGAGUCGCGUGAUUGCUGGAGGACUCAGUGCUGGUCCUACGUUUUCGAAGAACGAUUGAGGAGUGCUCCGGCGGAAGUGGAGCGGUGAUGUGAGGUGUGGAGGGACAUGUAUUCCUUCACUGUUUGCUUGAUAUGCUGCGUUCUGAGCGACUUGGUAUCUGCACUCUUUGCAAGCGCGGCGUUGGCAGGGGUUGAUUCACGAGCAACGACGAUUUGGAUGGGCGGCGGGAAAUGCCAUGGGUUCCAAUUUGGAAUGUACAUACGUGGACAGAAUCACAUUGCUCCUGGACC